AAGUAGAGUUUUAAAUUUCCUUCCCUUUUCAUUCUCUCUGUUCAUUUGUUCUUUCUGCAAAUUGCAUCCCAUCAGACACACACUCCCAUAAAAAACCUCGGUAUUUAUUAGGUAGGGCAUGAGCGUUAUUCAAAUUCCAACUCGCACUCGCUCAACUAUCAGAGCAGCAUGGCGGAGUCAGACACCCACAAUUUACAAACCGUCGUCCUUGAUGGCAACCAGCUGAUUGCCAAGUCCCUGGCCCGUUUCGGCGUAGACCGCAUGUUCGGGGUGGUGGGCAUCCCUGUCACCUCCCUAGCAAACCGCGCAGUCUCGCUUGGUGUCCGAUUUCUCGCCUUCCAUAACGAGCAGUCCGCCGGCUAUGCAGCCUCCGCCUACGGUUACCUAACGGGCCGCCCCGGCGUCCUCCUCACCGUUUCGGGCCCUGGCUGCGUCCACGGGCUGGCGGGCCUCUCCAACGCCAUGGCCAAUGGGUGGCCCAUGGUCAUGAUCUCCGGCUCCUGUGAUCAGAAAGAUUUCGGCCGCGGCGAUUUCCAGGAGCUCGAUCAGAUCGCAGCCGUGAAACCCUUUUCCAAGUUCGCUGUUAAAGCCAAGGAUAUUAACGAGAUACCCGAAUGCGUGUUGCAGGCUCUUGCUCAUGCCGGUUCGGGCCGACCCGGCGGUUGUUAUUUGGAUUUCCCGUCGGAUGUUCUACACCAGACUAUUUCCGAUUCGGAGGCUGAGGGCCUACUGGCCGGCGCUGCCGGGAGAUUCCGAAAAUUAUCGGAAGAGGUGGUUUUCAAUGUGCAGAAUUCGCAGAUUGAGGAAGCGGCUUCACUGCUUCGACACGCGGAGAGGCCUCUGAUUGUGUUUGGUAAAGGAGCGGCAUUUGCUCGAGCUGAGAGUGCUCUGACGAAGCUAGUUGAGACCACCGGAAUCCCAUUCCUGCCUACUCCUAUGGGAAAGGGAUUGUUGCCUGAUACCCACGACCUGGCGGCAACCGCGGCGAGGUCACUGGCCAUCGGCAAAUGUGACGUUGCGCUUGUGGUUGGCGCAAGGCUUAACUGGCUCUUGCACUUUGGUGAGCCACCCAAGUGGUCCAAGGACGUCAAGUUCAUUUUGGUUGAUGUUUGCCAGGAAGAGAUUGAGCUGAGAAAACCUCAUCUGGGUUUGGUUGGUGAUGCCAAAUUGGUUUUGGAAAAAUUGAAUAAGCAGAUUAAAGAUGACCCCUUUUGUUUGGGGAGGUCUCAUCCAUGGGUCGAAGCAAUUUCCCGCAAGGCCAAGGAGAAUGUUUUGAAAAUGGAGGCCCAAUUGGCUAAACAAGUUGUGCCCUUUAAUUUCUUGACACCAAUGAAAAUUAUUAGAGAUGCAAUUUUGGGACUGGGUACCCCUGCUCCUAUACUGGUUUCUGAGGGGGCGAACACCAUGGAUGUUGGCCGAGCUGUAUUGGUUCAGACUGAACCGAGGACCAGAUUGGAUGCAGGGACUUGGGGGACAAUGGGGGUGGGUCUUGGUUACUGCAUUGCAGCUGCUGUGGCUUCUCCUGACCGGCUUGUGGUUGCGGUGGAAGGAGAUUCUGGAUUUGGGUUCAGUGCAAUGGAAGUUGAGACAUUGGUUCGGUACCAGUUGCCUGUUGUUGUGAUUGUCUUCAACAAUGGUGGUGUAUACGGUGGUGACCGAAGAAGCCAAGAUGAAAUAAAUGGGCCUUACAAAGAUGACCCGGCUCCCACUUCUUUCGUCCCGAGUGCCGCUUAUCACACACUGAUUGAAGCUUUUGGAGGCAAAGGUUAUCUUGCUGGGACACCUGAGGAACUCAAGUCUGCCCUUGCGGAAUCCUUUGCAACAAGAAAACCAGCUGUUAUAAAUGUAAUUAUUGAUCCUUAUGCUGGUUCAGAAAGUGGGAGACUUCAACAUAAAAACUGAUGCAAGCGUCAGCUGCAUCUUUGUGUGCUUAUCUCUGCCGGUAAAGUUUCAUCUGCAGUCUGUAUCAAUAAUGCAAACUGGCUUAGUUCCUUCUUAAUUAAUCAUGUAAUCUGGUGUGAGCUUAAUUUGGAGUCAUCGUUACAAGGAAUUAAACUCAUCA